UGGCGAUCGAUGCAGCAGAGUGAACAGCAACAACAGAGGACAACCUCUUUGAAGCCGUGGUGUAGAAGAGUCGAGAGCCAUGCCCCGUGUUUAUAUUGGACGUCUGAGCUAUCAUGUCCGUGAAAAGGACAUACAGCGUUUUUUUAGUGGAUAUGGAAAGCUCAUGGAAAUAGAUCUGAAAAAUGGAUAUGGAUUCGUGGAGUUCGAGGAUAAUCGGGAUGCCGACGAUGCCGUGUACGAGCUGAACGGGAAGGAUCUGUGCGGGGAGCGGGUGAUCGUGGAACAUGCUCGGGGGCCACGGCGAGAUCGAGAUGGCCACAGUGGGGGUUACGGGGGUGGUGGGCGCAGUAGUGGUUACACCAGCCGCACCCGUGCUGGCAGGGAUAAAUAUGGACCCCCAGUCCGUACAGAGUACCGUCUCAUCGUGGAGAACUUGUCUAGUCGCUGCAGCUGGCAGGACCUCAAGGACUUCAUGCGUCAGGCUGGAGAGGUGACAUACGCAGAUGCCCACAAGGAACGUACAAAUGAGGGGGUGAUCGAGUUCCGUUCCCAGUCGGACAUGAAGAGGGCUAUCGACAAGCUGGAUGGCACCGACAUCAAUGGGCGAAAAAUUCGCCUAGUGCCGGACCGAACUCGCAAACGAAGGUCUUACUCUGGCAGCCGCUCAAGAUCACGUAGUCACCGCCGUUCUCGCAGCAGAAGCCGCAGGAGCUCCAGGAGUCGUUCCCGAUCCAACUCCAGGUCUCGUUCCCGUAGCAACAAGAGACAUCAUCAUUCACGCUCCAGAUCAGGAAGGAAGUCUCGCUCCAAGUCAGGAGAAAGCAAAUCACGUUCUCGUAACCGCAGGUCCCGUUCCAACUCCCGUAAAUCCAAGUCUCGUUCUCGCUCCCACAAAUCACACUCGCGUUCUGCUGAACGGAAAACGCGAUCUGCUGAACGGAAAUCGAGAUCAGCUGAACGGAAAUCACGCUCAGCUGAACGCAAAUCCCGUUCAAAGAGUCGCUCAAAGGUAAAGUCGGAGCGGGAUUCUCGUAGUCGAUCAAAGGAGAUUUCCGGUGACAAGAAGUCGUGCAGUCGAUCACCUUCCCCGCUUGAGAAUGGGAAAGAGGAACGUGCAACCAAGUCUGCCUCCCGCUCCCCAUCUCCACAGGAGGAUGAUCGUCGAUCCAAAUCAAGAGAGAGGAGGUCAGCAAGCCGCUCGAGGUCUCGCUCACGAUCUCGCUCACGGUCUAGAUCAGCUUCUCAGGAUUAGUGGAAAUGGAAAACAAAUCUUUCUUUCAUUGUAAGCUUGAUCACUUUGCUGUACAUUUUUAGCGGUGUCAUCAUACUGGUCUAUGCUUCCUGACUUGUCUUCUUUUCCCCUUCAACUACACACUGUUCUUAAACAUGCUUAUAGAUGACGUAGCUUGAGGAUUUGCCACAGUAAUAGAGGUACUUCAAAUAAAAUUCAAACUUAGACUUUUGUCCUCAUAACUUUCCCUUAUAAUAUACCAGAAUAGUCAAUGGACAGGGCUGAAUGUCUCAACAUUUUAGAAGUGAUAACAAUGACCCAAAAAUGUACAUGUACUAUAAUCAAACCUUGCAAACUGUUUAUAGUGUAGGAAAAGGCAUUUUUUUAGUUUACCGUAACUCCAAUCAACAGAUCAGGUAGAUUGAUACAAUGUUCUAAAAUGUCUAUUUCAGAGCUCAUCCAUCAGACAUUGUCUUAAACUCACCUAAAGAGCAUGGUUGGAGAAAAGUAGCCUUUGAUUGCAGUGUUUGAGCUAUUUCCUUUUGAUCUCAAGUCAGUUAUUUCUUUCUCAAGGAGUUGGUCGAUCUCAGUUGUCUUGCAGUGCUGUCAGCUGUUCAACUCUGAUAGAUAAACUUCUACUGAAGGAAUGCAUAUUGACAUGAAAUAUUGAAGAUUUUGAUCCAUGUUAAAGCUAAUUUCAUUGUAGGUGGGCUACUAUGAUUUGAGUUUUAAACGUCACAUGCAUAGACCAUGAGAUCAGCAUUAGUUAAUAAUGUUUUUGAUGCCAGUGAUUUUUUUUUGAUUUUUUUUUUUAACAUUGAGCAGGUAAUCUGUUGAAGGCUGUUUGUAUUUUCUGGAUUUAGAUUUUACUAGAGCUUCAAGCCCUCAUGCAGUGUCAAUUUUCUUUAUUUCCUGCUUUGAUCUGUGUGCAGCCUCGGGUCGCUCUCUUUUUUUUUUUCCUUAUUUGAGUUGUGGGUUUUGGUAAUCCUCUACUUGUAUAAAAUGUGCAGCUAGUACUGGCAGUUCUUCCUUCAAAUCUAUUUGAUUUGCUUGAAAGUUUAUGAUAACAAACCUUUAUAUAUACUGAGUGCAUGCCCAUAGUCCACGUUUUCAGGUUCAUAUUUUUUCUCCAUGCGCCUGAGAUCUCAGAAAUGUCCUUUUUUAUUGUAUGUAUAAUUAAAGAUCUUAAUAAAACUCUUGAUCUUUGAUGUCA